UUUUUGUGUGGACGCUUCUGCCAAGUUUGAGAGUGGAAACCUAGAGCGUGUCGUCGGCGCGGCGUACUGACUGUGCGUAGUGCGUCACGGUCGCGGCGCGGCGCCCGCGCUCUCAGUGUGUGACCGCGCGCCGAGCUCACCUGUCGCUCUGCCGAGUGUGUCGCGAGUUUGAUCGCAGUGUCACCGUUCACAUAAGAUGUUUGCGCUAGUCGCACCGGAUCCUGUUCGUGUCUCAGUUCUAUAGUGUACCAAAAGUGGAUUCCGGCGGAAUUUACCAGGCCGUGGAGCACGCCCGAAGGCUCGAGCGCUCCCAGGCCAUGUAUGUCUUAAAUUUAGGUAAUUUGACUCUGGAAUCGAUCGAGGUACCAGCUUCGUGAUAACACUCAUAGAACGAAUAUCGCUGAAAUGGCCCACGAGGGCCCAGCAAGGACGGAGGGCUCGCCCCACCACACGCCCUCGCCGCCCCACCUCCCUCACCUCCCAGUCACCGACUCCGGCUUCCAUCAUCAGAUAAUGCAGAAUCACAGUCCAAGAAAGAAUCAUAUCGUGGAGAGAGCCAAACAAACGUUAGAAAACUCUUUCCUGCAGCAAUUGAAGAAGCAGCAACAGCUCCAACAGGAGAUUCUGCUGCAGCAUUUCCAGCAGCAAAGGCAACAGUUGGCAAGAGAACACGAGAACCAGAUGAGGGAACAUUUGAAGUCCUUCGUCCCUCAGCUAUGGGAGCAACAGAAGAAAGCAAUGGAGGAGGCAGCGUUGCGCGAGGCCCGAGAGGCGCGGGAGGCUCGGGAGGCCCGGGAGAGGCACGAGCGCGACCGCGUCGAGCUGAUGCGGAAGAAGGAUAUACAUGAACACAGCGCCAACGCGUCUACCCAAGUUAAACAGAAAUUACAGGAGUUUAUAAAAAAGAAACAGGCCAACGCCAAUGGCACCGUGACGACUGCCUCCUACCGCAACUGGGGCAUAGUGAAGUCUUCAUCAGGGGAGUCGAUAACGUCGACGGGGGCGACAGCGACGCACCCUUACCGGCUCACGGCGCCGCUGCCACUCAACCUCAACGCGCCCCCUCCGCAACCCUCCCCCGCAGACUACCCCCUGCGCAAGACCGCGUCGGAGCCCAACAUGCUGAAGCAGCGGCUGAAAGCGCGCGUCAUCGAACGCCGGGCCUCGCCCCUCGCGCGCCGCCCCCUCCGGACCAGGCACAAACACCGCAACUGCGAAGGUGGGUCCCCCCGCGGUUCGCCCCCCGGUGGCUGCGCCGCGGCUCCCAUCCGCGAGGAGGAGGAGAACGGCUCCCGCGCCGCAGAGUUCUUGUUUUCGUCUCCGUCACUGCCCAACAUCUCUCUGGGACGACCUCACGUGGGUCCCCGCCUGCACCCGCCCCCCGCGGCGCACACCCCGGCGCCCGUGGUGCUGCCCCCCGUGUCGGAGGCGGAGGCGCUGGUGGUGGGCGGGGCGGGGGGCCGGCCGGUGCAGCGCCUCGGUCGCACGCACUCCGCGCCGCUGCCCCUGGGCGACCCGGCCCUGCAGCCGCCCCCCGUGCACCACUACCUCAGAGAUCAGAUCCGGAAAACUGUGUUGACCCGCGCACAUGACGCGGCGGUGCAGCUGCGGGAGGAGGAGGGCGAGGUCAUCGACCUGACGUCGAAGCGUAGCGAUCCUCCCGCCCCCGUCGAGCCGGCCCCCCUCACCCGCGCCCUCUCGUCGCCCCUGGUGGGGGCCAGGGUGCCCGCCACGGGACUCGCCUACGACCCGCUCAUGCUCAAGCAUGGGUGUGCGUGCGGCCAACACGCCCCCACGCACCCGGAGCACGGCGGCCGCCUGCAGUCUGUGUGGGCGCGCCUGUGCGAGACCGGCCUGGCCGCCCGCACCGAGCGCACGCGGCCCAGGAAGGCCACGCUCGACGAACUGCAGAGCGUGCACACGGAGGCGCACGUGCAGGUGUUCGCGGGGCGGGGGCGCGACGGCGCGGGCGUGGGGGCGGGGGGCGGCGCGGGGGGCGCGGUGCGGCAGCUGGUGCGGCUGGCGUGCGGCGGGCUGGGCGUGGACUCGGACACGGCGUGGUCGGACCUGCACACGGCGCCCGCCGCGCGCCUCGCCGCCGGAGCCCUGCUGGACCUGGCGCUGCGCACCGCGCGCGGACACCUCCGGAACGGGUUCGCGGUGGUGCGGCCCCCCGGCCACCACGCGGAGCCCAACCAGGCGAUGGGCUUCUGUUUCUUCAACAACGUGGCCAUCGCCGCUCGCGUGCUGCACACCAGGCUGGGGCUGCAGAGGAUACUCAUCGUCGACUGGGACGUGCAUCACGGCAACGGCACCCAGCAGAUAUUCUACGAGGAUCCUCACGUGCUGUACAUGAGCAUCCACCGGCACGACGACGGGAACUUCUUCCCCGGAACGGGAGCGGCCACCGAGUGCGGCGCCGGCCCGGGGCUCGGCUACAACGUGAACGUGCCCUGGAGCUGCGGCACCGACCCGCCCCUGGGGGACGCGGAGUACCUGGCCGCCUUCCGCUCCGUCAUCAUGCCCAUCGCCAAGGAGUACGACCCCGAGAUAGUGCUCGUGUCGUGCGGGUUCGACGCCGCGGCCGGGCACCCGGCGCCGCUCGGCGGGUACAGCGUGUCCGCCGCCUGCUUCGCGCACAUGACCAGGGACCUCAUGCAGCUCGCCAACGGCAAGGUGGUGAUGUCGCUGGAGGGCGGCUACGACCUGGCGGCCAUGUGCGACUGCGCGCAGGAGGUGGUCCGCGCGCUGCUGGGGGACCGCCCCCCCGCGCCCCCCUACGCCGAGCUGUGCCGCGCCCCCCACCCCCGCGCCCAGCACGCGCUCGCCGCCACGAUUGCCGUGCAGGCGCAGCACUGGCCCACCAUCAAGCGGUACAGCAGCCUGGUGGGCAUGUCUGCGUUAGAGGCCGCGCCCUCGGUGGCGGCGGCCCGGCUCGGAGCCCUGCAGAGCGAACGGGACGCCGCCGACACCGCUGCCGCCAUGGCGACGCUGUCAAUGCACCAGCACAACCGGCCCGUGUCCACGUCUGCAGAAAGUUCAAGGUCGGUUUCGGAGGAGCCCAUGGAGCAGGACGAAGCGAAGUGAGCGCCGCGUCACGCCGCGCCACGACACGCCCUGCCCCGCCACGCCGCGCCACGCCGCGUGACGUCACACAGGACGGCACAUUCCCUCCGGCCGCCCUCCAGCGACGAGA